GUUAUAUAAACCCCAGAGCCGCGGAAGGGAACAAAAACAAGUGUCGCAUAAAUCAUUGUUAUUCUCUUCACAGCGUCAUUUGAAUACGGAACGCUUUACUUUUUUGUUGUAACACUUUUCCGUAACUGCAUUCGUAGCGUGCCAUCGGUUAUGAAAAAGCGCUGGUUUAUUUUCUUAAUCGGACUGACAUGAAGGAAACAUCUGAUGAAGGGGAUGUCAGCAGUAUUGCUGAUUCUUGCAGUAUUGGAAGUGGAAGUUCUAGUGUUAAUGAUCUGACGGAAUAUAAUAAGAAGUACUCUCAUGUUUGUAUAUUGACUUAUUGGAAUAAAGAUAGAGUAGUUUGUGGAGUCGAUCUUUCUUACAUUGGACAAGAUUGCUACUCCAUUCCAAGCAUUUUAGGCAAAAUAUAUGGAAACCAGACUCGGAGACUAGAUCUGAGUUUCAAUUCAAUUAGGUCUUUAGAAAAUUUAGAAUUGUUUCCUUUGCUUGAGGAGUUAAUUGUAGAUAACAAUGAGCUUAGCGAUUUAGUAUCAUUUAUUCCUUUGAACAAUCUUCAUACGCUUUCUUUAAACAAAAAUCACUUUCGUGAUUUAGAAUCCUUAUUGAAACAACUUACCAACUGUUACCCACAAUUAACGUAUUUGAGCUUACUUGGUAAUCCAGCUUGUCCUGACCAACUCUCUAGUUUCGAAAAAGAUGAAGAAGAUUACCAGAGAUAUAGGUAUUACAUCAUACAUCAGAUACCGAAACUGAAGUUUUUGGAUUCAACGCCAGUGAAACCUUUCGAAAAAGCGGAAGCCAAAAGAAUCGGUGGGUUCAUGAAAGUCGCGCGUCCUAAAAUUGAAAUGGCUGAUGAAGCGAACGAUGAGGCCACAGACUCACGAUAUUCACCUCUUCCGGUAGAUAAUAAUAAAGAAGGAACUCACAGAGGAUCUUUUGGGAAACUAAGGCAGCGUUACACUGGGACUCAGUCAGAAGGAAACAGAUUCAUUCGGGACAACGAAUUAUGAUUUUCAUUUUUAUGUGUCAUGAAAUCGACAAGUCUCCUACUGCUCAUCAGCCUCCAUUCAUUACUCAAUCCUGAUGUGAGAAAGCUAGUUUUUACUUUCGCUCAUUGACGGAGUUUGUUGACAUCUGUGACAUUCCUGCCAUUCUUUUGUGUCCUAUUUGCAUCACAAUAUUGUUUUUAUUAAUUUUAUGUUGUUAUAGUUAGUAGUUUGCAGUUAGUGUAGAGUUUUAAUUUUCCAAUAAAAUUUGACUACUUUUUUUGUUAAUAUAUAUAAAAAAAAUUCUAAUUAAUUUCUAAUUUUUUUUUUAUGUAUUUUUAUUAUUCAAACCCUUGGUAAUUUAUAUUUUAUCUCUGUACAUGUCUUAUGAAAAUAAUAUUUUUAUUGCAGUAUUAAAAAUAUUUGAAGUUUUUAUAAUGAAAGACAUGUAAAAUUUUACAUAUUACUUUUUUAUAUUAUAUGACUAGACGGACUUCAUUUUUUCCAUUGUACUAUUAACCGAUGAAACUUGUAUAAAAACCUAAUAAUGAUUGUUGGGUAUGAGUCAAUUACUGUCACUUUUUUCCAAUCUUAAAAAAAUUAUUUUUUUUCGCUUUAUAAAUUUGUUGAUCCAUAAAUGUUUAUGCCCACAAUUUUUUAAAAAAUAUAACAUUAUUUGUUAACUUUUAUAAUCGUUUAAAUACUUUCUGAAAAUCAUUUAGAUUAACUUAUCAUCUAAGUAUAUUUUUGCUAAUUGUAGCAUAUUUUCUUUAUGCUCUAAAGAAGUUUAUUGCAUUUAAAAUAAUUUCAAUGUGAUAAAUUUGCAUGAAAAAAAUUAUUAUUAUGUAUAUAUAGAUACUCUUUUACAUGAAUUUAAAUUUUACUAAUAUUAAACUAUAUAUUUUAGACAUAAAAGGCUUUAUUUAGAAGGUUAGCUCUUUGAAUUGCAAAUUUAUCUUUAUUUCUUUCAAAUUCUUGUUUCAUUCUAUUUACAAAAAAUAAAUUAUUUAUCUAUAAAUCUUUCAUAUCAAGUUAAGAAAACAAUGCUAAUCAUGCUCUAUCGAUUUGAAUGUUGUAGAGCAUGGUUAAUGAUUUUGUUAAUUUUCUAAAUCUCAUUCAAUAGCACUUUCUAGUGAAAUGAUUGUUGGCGUUUUCUAAUAUUAUAUAUUUUGUGUUUAAUUAAUAGAAUAUUACUGCAUUUGUCUUCUCAUUUAUGAGUUUUGUACAUUCCAGUAUUAUUUAGAAUUAUUGAUUGUGUGUUAUAUUACCACAAAAAGAAUACUACUCUAAAACUACAUUUCUUUGUCAAUCAUUGGUGUUAUCUUUUAUAAAAUUUCCUUCCAUAUAUAUUAAUAUUUGACGCAUAAUAAUUUUGAUAAAUCAGCUAAUUAAAAUAUUAUUUUAUUGAAAUAUUAAUUUUUUUUUUGUAAAUACUAUAGUAUCUAGUCUCUGUGCAUCGUAUUCAUUUAUACUUCAUGUGAAUAAUGUUUUUUUGCCAUUUUAUUCCUAUUUUUUUUAGAAAUAUUAGAAUAUUUUGAAAAUGUGCAAAAUAAGCUAUAGUUGGAUUUAAAAAAAAUUCGAAUAAGAUAUGUAUAGGUGCAUUUGAAUGUAUGCUAAUGACUCUAUUAACCCUUUCUAGGGCCGUGGGAAGUAUGCUUCCCACAAAAUUUAUCUUUGUAUGAAAUUAUGUAGGUUGACAUAAGUUCUGACAAAUUUUUUUUUAGUAAGUCAGAAACUUAGAUGCUUCAGUUCUUCAUCUCAGACAAAAUGAUGUGUCUUGAUUUGUUACUUAAUUAUUAAUUAACCAAAUUAAUUAAUGAAUCAAAUUAAAUUUAUCUAAUAAGCUAAAUGAAUUCCUUUUCUUAUUCUAAUUUCAAGCCUAAAAAUAUUUUAACGUAAUAUGACUAGAAGAAAAUGGUCCUUUAAUGGGUGAAACGAAUUUUCAUUGUCUUGCUUAAAAACUUUAUUAUAAAGAAAAUUUAUUGAAUAGAAAUUUGUUAACAAUAAUUGCGGAAAAACAAAGAUUGAAAUAUACCUAUCUUUUUAACUAAAUAUGAUAUUUAUCGAAAUUGCUUUUAAAAGUCUUCAGUUUAGCUUUGUAUACAUUUAUAAUAAGGAAAACACUUUUCGUUAGCAUUUUCCUACAUUUGUAUAGAUUGAAACACAUUAUCUACAUCUUCUUUAAAUCUUAAUUCCUAGAUUAUUCUAUUAAUGCUAUUAACAUUUUUUCUUUUGAUGCUACAUUAAUGCAAUUAACAUUUCUUCGUCAUUAUCAUCUUAAUCACUCCCUGCCAUUCAUAAACAUUUCAUUUGCUGUUUGUCUUAUUCCCAGGAUCCAAUGUCUUUAUGUAUAUGUGGAAACUUAGUCAGCACUUAUUUUCUUCGGCUGCUCUUAUAUGCUCUUAUCAGAUGCUGCCAUAUUUCAAUACAGCCAAUAUAGCUGAUUUUUUUAUACAAAUUAUUUUUCGUAUUAUGGAAUGCUAAAAAUAGAUGAGGAAGCCCUCCACUCUUUUGCACAUGCGUUAGGAGGAGUUUAUAUUUUCAAAAAGGGGUGAGAGGGAAGAUGAAAGGAGAUAUUUACAUUUAGCAAUAUGGUGAACUGAGAUUAUUCGUGGAAUUAGGAGGCAUAAUAACCACUGAACUUUCUGCGUACCAUCCCUUAACGAAGUAUAAUUGUAGAAAUGUGAUGUUUUCGGAUCAUUAAAUAAACAGUAAAUAGAAAGUAAAGGUCGUUCGAAGUCAAAUUUCGUUAAAUAGAAAGCUUUGCUAAAUGGAAGAUUUUUUAAUGAAGACUGCUUUGUUCUCAUUUUGGUCUUUGCAGAUUGCAUGCAUGAACAUGCAAGCAAGAGAAAAAGCUAAUGAAACAUAUUUUUAAAUUUUUUUUUAUAAAAAUCGAAGAUGAGAAAGAUAACUAUGAUCAGAAAUUUUUUUUAAUGUGUUUUAUUAAUAAUUAAACUAGAUGGUAGUUCAAAAUUUUAAGUGUUACAAUUAUGUCAAUUAAUGAAUUAUUUGAUGAAUUGUAAUAUAAUAUCUGCAUUAUUUAGUUCUGUAUGUAUACAAGAUUUAUGAUUCUGCUCUCAGCAAGUUCACUGAAAUUUUCUGUUAUAUUACAGUAAUAAAUGAAAUAUAAAAACUUUUAGAAAAAUCAUCAAAACUUUCAAGAUGUGCAAAAUUCAAAGAUGAAGUAAUUAUCCAUAUCUAGUUUAAACAUUUUACUUUACUAGGUUUAAAUAAAAGAUACUCCUUUAUUUAACUAUGCUAUAAUUUUUGUUGUUUAUUCACAAUUCUGUUUGCGCAGAAUAACCGUACAUAGCUUCUUCGCAAUAAAAACCAAAUCCAAAAUUCAACAUCUUUAACUAAAAUUCUAAAACGAGUAUUAGUAGUGAUCUCUCCAAACUACCAUAUUUAAUUUUGAAAUCGUUCAUCUAGGGCAUAAAAAGAUGAAAUGUGGCAUAAACUAGAUUAGACGAUUGAUUAUCAAUCAGAACCUAAUUACUAUCAUUCUAUCUUAGAUGAUGAAACGAUAGAAAAUGCGGGUGGGAAGAGAGUGUUAUGAAUGUGUAAUCUAGUAAUGUUUUCACCAAUGAGAUUGAAGUUAAACCGACUUAAAAUGCUCUUGAAUGGCUAGUCUCAAUACGUCGGUUAAAAAAAUGAGAGUUUUAUGCAAACGACAUUCCUUACAUGAGCGAAAAAAGAAAUUCCAUGGAAAUUCAAAAAAUAUAUCUAAUAAAAAAUCUGAGCAAUUUUUAUUAUCUAUGGAGGUAAACUAUGCAGAUAUAUAUUCGCUUUUUUCUAAAUUAAAAUUAUUUCAAUUUAUGGGUUUGAUUUUAGUGUAACAGAAUAACUUGAAUUGUUAUAAUAAUUCGAUUAUGCAGUGAAAAGCAUUUCAUUGUUAGUUUUCGAUGUUCCGUGUUAUUUUUCAUCAAAAAUAUUUUAUGUCCUUUAGAGUAUUGGUCUUACAUUCAAAACCAGAGGAAUACAAGAUUUUGAUCGACUGUUGUUAAAACAUGUAUGUUCCUUUGAAAUAAUAAUUUUAUGAAAUGAUUUCUUUUAAUAUUUUGCUAAUAAAAUGUAUUUGACUGUGA